UUAGAACCUCCUGUGGAGUUGAAAGAAAAAAGCAUGAGAACUAGAAGCAUUGCAAAAUUUUUUGUUCAUGAGUCAAGCUUUCUCUCAGAAUCGGCAGAUAUUGCGCCCGAUGAAAAUUCCGUUGUGCAGAUUGGAAUCAGUACCCAGGAAGCUUCACAGUUAAAGAUGGCUUGUGAAGGUUCAUGUGACAAAGAUAAUGAGGGCAUAUCUUUCUCUCAAGAAAUUGUGAAGUCUUCAAGUUUAUCUUCAGCAGAUCCUCUUUGUUCUUUUGUUCCUUGCAGUAUUUCCGCAGAAAACGAUGGAUUACAUCAUGAACAUAGUCAGAAUUGCAUUGAUAUUGAUGGUGAGAAAUUCAAUGACCCGGAUUCAGAACUUGGGUUGGCAAGCCCUAAUAAAACCUCCAACCCAAAAUAUAAGGCUGAAAAUCAUAAUGCAGUUGUCAGCUCUGAACCUAACGAAGGUUUUCAGAAGUCAGCAAGAAGACAGCUGUCCUCUUUAAAGACUUACAGUGUAAUCUUUUCAAGCAAUGACAGCAAGUUGCAGAAUGGACAUGGACGCUCUAAUUUAUUGUUGUUCUCGAAAUGCAACAGGCAUGAUACCCCUGCUGUGGGUUGUGGUGAGGAACAGGAUCCAGUCACUAAACAUCCAGCUGAAAAAGUGGAAAUCCAUAGGAGUAUUUCUGCUCAACCAGCAAAGGAUGCAGCAGCAUUGCAGGUUCAUUUGCCAGGGAAAAGGAAGUUGCCUUUGAUAUCAGAUGAUAGAAAUUGGCGACAUAAUAUGGAUUCCCAGCAACUUGCAGGGGAUUGUUUUCGAAAAAGCAAUGUCAAAUGGGUCACAUUACCACUAAAUGCAGCUAACAUUCGCCAGUGUAAAAAAACUCGCAUACCUGGCAGAAAACGUGUAAGUUUCUCAUCAGAAAUUGAUUUCCAGCUUGAGGUGGAUAAGAUUACAUACAGAUCCUUGCACCAAAAUUGCUCAACCACAGGAUCGUGGAAAAGAUUGAGAUACUGCAACAGUCAGUUAGAAUGUCAAAGUCAAGGCGCAAAACAUCGCACUAGUUUCAUGGCUCAGCAGCCACUAAUUUUUCACAAUAUGGGAUUCUUGCUCACUGGGUUUUCAACCAGCAAAGAAAAGGAAAUUGAAAAGUUGAUUCAGAAACAUGGAGGCGAGGUUCUGCUGGAUAUUCCACCUGUGAAUUUAAGGCGGAAGGGAAGUUCAAAAGUUCUUUCCAAGCAGCGAACUUUUGUCAUAUCUCCGAGAAAGUUGAAGACCGCCAAGUUCUUAUAUGGAUGCGCAAUCCGUGCCUUUGUUCUUAAAGUUACUUGGAUUACGGAAUCAAUCAGUGCGGGUUCUCUCAUGUUACCUGAUAAAUAUAUGAUCAUCUCAAAUCAAGCUGAUGCGAUGUUUAUCCACAUUGGAAAGUCAUUGCCACCCUCUAACAGCAGAUCUAUCUUUGGGCAAGUAGGGAUAAUGUUACACGGAAAGAAAAGUUUCUGUAACAAGUUUUCUGAAGUAAUCAAGCACGGAGGUGGGGCGGCAUACAGGACCCUUCAACGGUUGGUCCAUAGUCUUCAUAAUGGGAAGGUAUCCAUGGGAAGUAUCGUGACAGAAUACGAGAGUAGGCCAUCUCGUCACUUGAGGCAGUGCGCUUUGGAGAGAAAGAUACCAAUAAUGACCAUGAGCUGGAUAAUAGAGAGUUUAUAUGCAGGGAAGCUGCUUUCUGUCUUAGAACAAAACCAAACCUAGGUUUUGGAGGUAACUACUUAUUUAAUUGAGUGGGCCAAGGAAAAUGAUGUUUGUCAUCUUUGGCAGACAAUGAGGUAAUAUAGUACGUUUACGUCCUAAUCUUUUAUUACUUAUAGUUAUUACUCUCAUGCUUCUUUCAGUUAUUUGAAGUGUAAUCUAAAUAUAAGAGGGAGUUUUGUGUGAAGUUAAUAAAUGUCACGAUUUUUCAUAUAAUUAGCUUCUAAGAGAAGCUAGUGGCAUCUAUGAUUGUAAUCUGGGACAGUUACAAAUGAAACGCUCAAGUCAGAGUUGCCAGUGUGCUUUCUCUUGGAAAAGAAAAUUUGAUACAAUAUUCUGGAGCUAAAGAUCAUUUUCUGUUGAGGGUGCCAUUAUCUAUCUCCUGUUUAUUUUCCAAUUCCAUUUGAAGGCAUCUUUAUAUGUUAUUGACUCAUUUGCAGAUGGAUUGCAUACCAGCACAACACUGAUCCAGACUUUAGAAAGUUCCCCUCGUGCUUACAUGGUAUUUCCCUCCAGCCCGGUGGCUUUCAACUUUCUUGAUAUUGCAGAUCGUACACGUAGUCUACCAGAUGGCGCAGAUCACUUUUUAUUGACGAGAGGUUCAGCCAUUCACAUUUCUAAGCAUUAGCGGGGUUGGGCUUCUGUGCAUGUUUGACAAAGAGGAAUGAUUGCAGGUCCUUUUUCACAGCGAUGCUCUUCCGCUUGAUCAAGCACCUUCUGAAACGAAACGGCUAACGUGGGUUCACGGGAUCACUACUCUGACCGAGUCUGAAUUAGAAGAACUCGAAUACUCAGCCGCUUGUAAUUCUGGAUGAUGAGCCAAACUAACUCUUUGUUUGGCUUUGCAUCGCUAGCAAUAGGUGACACGCCUCUCAUGUAAAUGAGUUAUUUCCAAUGCGAUAAUUAUGAAAGAGAAUUGAUAAUAAAUGGGAGACAAUUACUGAGCCA